GUAAUAGAUAGUUAUUAAUAAAAGGAUUGUUAAUAGAAAAACCGUAGUAAUUUUAACUCAGGAAUUAUACCUUAUCGGAUAACCGUGGAUAUUAUUCAGCAUCAGGAUGGCAAACACAAUAAAAUCUAUGGUCAGUAAGAAGAAACGAAGAUAUAAGGAAGGAGGAUUCGAUCUGGAUCUCACAUAUAUCUGUCCAAAUAUUCUUGCGAUGGGAUUCCCAGCAGAAAGAGUUGAAGGAUUGUACAGGAAUAAUAUUGAUGAUGUAGUCAAAUUUCUUGAGUCGAAGCAUCCCGGCCAUUAUAAAGUUUAUAAUUUAUGUUCUGAAAGGACAUACGAUACUGAAAAGUUUCACAAAAGAGUUGCAGUAUUUCCAUUUGAUGACCACAAUCCUCCAAAAUUUGAAUUAAUUAAACCGUUUUGUAUCGAUAUGGAUGAGUGGCUGCGAAGAGAUAAGCGUAAUAUUGCGGCUGUUCAUUGUAAAGCAGGAAAGGGUCGAACGGGUGUUAUGAUUUGUUGUUAUCUCCUACAUAGAAGGAAAUUCUCAGAAACAAAAGAUGCCUUGAAGUUUUAUGGUCAGGCCAGAACCAGGAACGAAAAGGGUGUCACCAUUCCAUCUCAGCGUCGAUAUGUUGAAUAUUAUGCUGAAAUGUUAACACGGAAUUUAACCUACAAACCAGAAACUUUAUUACUUCACAGCAUACAAUUCGACACAGUUCCAGUUAUACAUAAUUUGAAUCCCUUUUUUGUUGUAAAUCAGUUGAAAGUUAAACUAUUUACGUCAAAUCCAGACUUGGUUGUUCAUAGCGAUCAUCUUUUAGUAUUUGAUCUUCCUCAACCUUUUCCUCUAUGCGGAGACAUGAAAAUCGAAUUUUUUAAUCGAAAGUCUGUAAUGGGAAAGGACAAAUUAUUCCACUUCUGGUUCAACACAUUUUUCGUUCAACAGAUGCAAAAGUCAGAGAAAUUAAAUCUGGAAAAGUCAAAUCGAGAAAAAUCUCAGCUGCCUAACGGCAAAGCAAGAUCAUACUAUUAUUCUAAGCAUAUGCCUUUGGAGAAAGACCUGUUGAUGUUGACUAUUCCAAAGUCUGAACUGGACAAAGCUAACAAAGACAGAUCGAACAAAACAUUUCCAGAAAAUUUCAAGGUAAUUUUGAUCUUCAGUCAAACUGACUCAGUUGAUUCUGACAAUGACGUAGAAAUGAACCCUGUCGUUCUUUCUGAUCACUCCCCGAGACAACGAUCAACCAAAACACUCGGAGGAUCCUCAUCAUCAUCCUCAAGUUGUGGCGGAACCACAACGCCUCAGUCGUAUUCCGACCGAGAAGACAAUACAGACGACGCGUCAUUGAGCGAUACGGAUAACGAGGAUGAAUGGGCCGAUGAUGAAAGUGACAGCGGAAGCUUUGACGGACGAGGUCAUCGUAGUACUCCGAGCAUAGGACGAGUUCCUCGUUCUCCUAACGUGAAAUCUCCAAAACCAGACCCAGAUAAUUCGUCAACUAGAUCAGAGGCAUGUCAUAACACACAUUUGUGAUAAUGUAAUUCUUCUGGAAUAACUAUGUAAUGUUAGCAUCAUGCUGAAGUGAACGGAAGCCCUUCAUUGUAACAGAGGGAGAGGUUUGUCAUUUCUUGCCUUAUGACAGUGAGAGAAAGACCAAGCCGAAAUUUGCAUUUAUCGAACCCAACCCCUAAUUAUGACCCCUAGUUUCCACUCACGAAAACGUAACAGGCAGAAUUUUUUGCUUGAUAUUUGACAUUGCAAGUAUAGUUCCUCGUGAAAAGAUGACAGGAAGAAAAUUAUGCAUCCAAGUACCGCUAUAUCACCUUGCAGGGAUUAUAAUCACAAAUUUAUAAUAUUGUCUAUUUAUUAUCUUAUGUAGUAUUGACUGUGUUUCUGGUGACUUUAAAAUAUCAAAUACUCUGACUGCAUUGAACAACAACAAUUUCCAAUAUCAUCGUAUUUUUUUCUUCAGAAACUUUAUAUAAUUUGUGAUGAUAGUAAUUAAAGCGCCAAGAGUUGGCAAAUUUUUCCAGGGGCUUUCAUUUGAAAACCUAUUAUCUGAUUUUUGCUAAUAUUCUCAAUCUCAAUGUUCGAUAAUAAUUAUAGCGCAAGAACUGGAAACGAAAAAAGUGUGCAAACACAUGUCUACCUCUUGAUUAAAAAUUGCAAGCCUUGCUAUACUAUCCAAAUUGUUAUAAAAGCUAAGGAUGUUUGCCUUACAACUUUCCGUAAUAGGACUGCCAUAUUGAGGUUGUAAAUAAAUGUGAUUUAUUAGGGUAAUAUAAUAAACAUGACUGGAAACCAAUUGAAAUCACAAUGGCACUAGCUUCAGUGCCGGCCACUACCAUGUCUCAUCAGCCCAAAUGCAGUUUUGCCAGCCAAAGCAGGGACUCCAAGCUAUGAUAUAAAGGCUUCAAAUUUACAAUUGAACUUUUUAAUAUACAGAUUUAACUCAAUUCAUUUAUUUAAUAUUGAAAAUUAAAUUCAGAAAAUAAAUUAUAAGCAAAAAAGGAUAGAUUUUAUUAUAUCUACGAAUUAUCAGAAAAUUAUAAAUUUGAAAUAGUAGUCAUUUCGGCUCCAGCUUCAUCUUAUGUGGCAAGCUUGGCUCAGGCUCCUGCUCUGACAAAACUUUACGACUCCAGGACAGUGGUUAAAUUUAGAUCAUUGUUUAUGGAUCGUUAGAAGUUUGUCGUGAGGUGCCCAAUCAAGAUUUGGCAAAAGAUAAUGAAAUUAUUUUUUUCAAGCUAUUACAACCUGCAUACUUACAAGGUAAAAAUGAUGACCAACUUAUCUUAUGGUUGAGAAAAACGAUAAGCCAAGCUGAGAUUUCCAUAUUAAAUUAGAAAAAAAUCCCUCAAGAUCAGCUUUUUUUUUAUUAUUAUUUUUAAAUUGGUUUUUAGCAUUUUUAUUUCGCAAAUGCCUGUCAAUUGCCAGUUUUUUUCUUAGUUUAAUUUAUUGAAUUACAAUCAACUUGAAUGAGGAAGAAGAAAGCCACUUCAUACAGACGUAUAUUUAUGGCUAUUUCUUUUUGUGAUUUGAAAAGUUUUUAAGCAGGCUGCUUAUGUCUGAAAAAAUUAUUUCAAUGGAAAUUUCACAUAUUUUGAAAAAAACCCAAGGUUCCAGAAUGAGGCAGUAUUCUCUUAUUCUAAAAGUACUACCUACGAGACCAAUCACUCUCUCUCUCGUAUUAGCCCAAUGCGGUGUAGAGGGGCUUGAUUCAUCGACUCGACAUGAGUAGACUCAAGUCAUCUAAAUGGGAUGACUCAGACUUGAACUCAACUAACCACCAGUAAUAUUUAACUCAGUGAUCGAUUAAAUCGAGACUCUGACAACCCGUAACUUGACUUGCGACUCUGCAUUUAGGAACACUGCUCGUUUAUUUAAAAACUUUUUGAUUGAAAAAUUUAUUUGUGAUGGGUAAAUAUCUGGUAUUCAGGGUUGAUUGUGUUUUGUUAAUGUUUUGGUUAUUACAAUAAGUCUUCCAUUAAUUACACAUAAAUUAACUUGCCUAAUAUCAUCACAUUUACCAUUAAAAAAUAUUCAUCUCAUAUUCGUGAAUCGACAAUAGUUAUCGUAAGUGGUUAUAGUUUUUCGGGAAAUAAUUUGAAUAGUGCGCUAUACCAUAAUAGAUGUUUCAUUCAGUUGGCAUGCAUAGCCAUAGGAAUGAUAGUUUUGCCAUUAGGAUAUAUGAGACAUUAACAAGUGUUUAGGAGUAUAACAUAUUGUCAAUCCUUGGAUUUACUUAAAACAUUCAUUUAGUGAGUUACAAUGUAUUACUGUGAAAUAACAUUUAUUUAACCCCUUUACCGACUUUAGUCUGAGCCUUCCCCAUUGGUGUUUGGUCUUAAUGCCCUAUUGGUGAGAACAUCAAUACACAAAAGACUAAACAAAAAUUGAUUUAAAGGUCGGCAGAAGACGGCUUCUCGUUAUCAUGAGGGGAUUUCGUUAUUGAAUAAAAAGGUGAAAAAAUAAUAUAAAGUUCAGAAAAAAUCUUGUGAAACUUGCAAUACUAGGUUAAAUUUAAUUGUGAUUUUUUAUUUACAUUAUUGAAGCAGAAUUGUUAAUUUUCUUCCAUUUUUAUAUUUACUUGAUUAUCAUGUGCUUGUUCAUGUUAUGUUGCCGCAGCGUUGAUAUUUUGUGUUAUGAAUAAAUCUUUUUUGACACCGUUUUUCUCUCAAAUGUAACUCGUUUGUUGUUCCUAAAAUUGAAAAAUUAGUUUACAUAAAGUGGUAAGUCAAUUUUUUCAAUGAAUAAUCGAUUGUCAUUUAUUUAAGUGUAAUUUAUGAUUUUGAUGAAUUGAUUGUCUGCACUUGGUUUGAUAAAAAAAAGGCAUCCUAAAUUUUCUGAAUACUAAAUUAACUUUAUUUUUGAAGAAAAUACAAGAUAUAAAUAAUGAACCAUGGGUGAGAGCAUCAGAGAUUUAAUAUAAACAGACACAUUUUUAAGACUGGAGGUUGAUUACGUUCUUCUGAACUUUUUCAAGUUCAAAGGCCAUAUUUUUUUUUUUGCAUAAAGAUAAAUUCACCAAUCUCAGAAUUCAAGAAUUAUAUUAUUAUUUUAUUGCUUGAAAUGUUUUCAACAACUUCCGAAUACCGAAGUUGGAUCCCAUACAAUUCUAUCAUUCGAAGAUGUUAAUCAAUGAAAUAGUAUUUUACAUGUUUAAUAAUAUAUAUUAACAGACUAUUGUCAAAAUGUGAUAUUACCAAAUUUUGUAUUUAUGAUGUGUGCCUUGCAAGUUAUAACAAGAUUGGAAAUAAUUCGAUUACAGGAGGUAAAAAUUGUGCAAUUUUGCAUUAUCCAAUUUUGUCGGCCCAACAAUAAUUUUUUCACGAAACAAAUAUGUGUUCGAAUUUUGGGGAACUUGUAUUAUUAACACUGUAUGUUUCCAUUUCAUUUUUUCUGCUCAACAUUAUUUACUUCAUGCUUUUUGUUUAUACUCUCCAUCUCAUGACGAUUCAACCAAACGUCAAAUGUUUUAAAUUUUUACAUGAUCAAGUCAAGCUUAUAUGUUCUUGUAUACUAGUAUUCUAGAUCAAAAAAAUCAUAAUUGAGGCCUGGAUUUCUUAUUCUAGUAUAUUUUAAACCCUGAAAUGAUGUAAUAAGUUUUCUUUAGGCAAUUACUGUAAAACAGAACUCUGGGUUCACAUAAGUUAUCUUGUGUGCGCAUUUUUAAAAUUCACCCCCCCCCCUCACUCUGAAGGCUGUGGUCAUCUGUUUCAAUAUGAAUACAAUUAUUCCUCAUCGGCCAAUCUGUGAAUAUCUCUUGACUUAUGUAAAAAUGAGUGUUAGUUAGAAAAAGAGUCUUUCCAACACUACAUAAAAUGAACCAUCCUUCAAAUGUCUGCCAUUAUGUUCUAUGAAUUUGUACAAUGAUAGGGUAAUGAUCUGUCACUUUCUUUAAAUCAGGGAACAGCCCUUUUGUACUAUAACAUUUUCAUUCUGGUCAAGGAUGUCAAAUGGUAAAAAAUUUUCUAGAAAAUAUUCCAAAUUAACUGAAAAAUUUAUUAUCGCGAAUUUGACUCAUUUAGGGUUUUGCUGCAAUGUAAACCAAUUCAAGAAUUUCGGAAUUGCAGCACAGAAUUCGAAAAUAUUAAAAUACUAUAUAUGAAUAUUGUUGUAUUUUAAAGGCAAGGUGGAGGAAUUUUAUGAUAUCAACAUAUAGCUUCCAUUCAGUUAACUUUAUUAAUAUGAUUUUAUUGUUACAUAUUUUUUGGUUUUAAAUUUUCAUUUUUAAUAAUGAUUACUGAUUGAGCGCAGUUUGUUAUUUAUAUAGGACCAUUCUUUUCAUUUUUUCACAGGUUAUCAUUUGUUGUCAUCAAUAUUUUGAUUUUUUUUUGAACAUUCAUACUACCACCAUUUUUGAUUGUGUAACGUCAUUCUUUUCUUGAUUUCUUUCUUUUAUAAUAAGGUGUUCCCACUUGUAUCAUGGACUAUUAAAAUGGGGGAACACUGGGAAUUGUAUCGCCAGAUUUUUCUUAAAGCAUAUUCGGAGGUAAUAUUAAACCUAUUUCUUUCUUUCCUUUUUAAAUAAAUACAAAUAAAAGGUUUAAUGAAAUUUCA